AUGGAUGCAACCGUCCUGCCAAUAGAAGAGGGCACUGAUAAUAACAAGAAGCAAACAAAUACUAAAGAGCAACAAGGACUGGUGGCAUUGCCAUCAUCGUAUCAGAAGGAGAAGAUUCAAGAAGACGAAGCACUCCUCUCCUUUUCAGAACACAGCAAGAAACAACAGAAACGAACUAUCUGCGGCAGUGUCGGAGAUUUGGGAACCUUUAUUCCACUCGCCGUGGCACUGGCACGACAAAAUGCCAUUGCUCUCGCUCCCACGCUCUUUUGGGCGGGGUUUGCCAAUGUCAUGACGGGAUGUGCCUGGGAUGUACCCAUGGGAGUUCAACCCAUGAAAGCCAUUGCCGCGACUGCCAUUGCUCAUGAAUUGACAAACCGCAUACAAGUCACCAUUGCCGGUAUAUUCAUGGGAUUAUUCAUGAUUGCCUUGAGUAUUACCAAGGGAAUUGAACUGGUCAAUUGGCUAGUGCAACGCCAGUGGUCAGUGGUAUCCAAAUGGGAGUUGGAAUCAACCUUGCCAUUCGAGGUCUCGUCAUGA